AUGGCACUUCCCCUAAAGCCUCGCCUGCUUAAACUUCAAGAGUUGACUUGCUCCCUUUUUAACACAGUCUACAAUCCAACUUCCGCACAUACUGGCAACAAAAUCUUAAAACAGCGUCUUAUUGGUCCGAGUAUAGUCAAUUGGUAUCCGACGAAAAUGAUCAAACUGAAGAGAAUAAGUGAUAUGUUUCCAGAUUUUAACUUGGUUGAUCAAGACGAGCAGCGUAGGUUAGAUGAUAUUGCUAGAAGAAAAAGGAGAGGGAAGGGAGCACCGAAGAAGGGCCAUGGAAGACGUGCUGUAGUCGCAGCUUCAAAGAAGAAAUGA